AUGGCGCUGGAAAACUUCGUUCCUCUCGCUCUGCUCCUAGUUUUCGUGACUAUUCUCGCUGUGGUCGGGUACGUUGCGUACACUAUCGCUCAAGAUGUGAGCAAGAAUACGCGCGAGAAGAUGGAGCGCAAGCAUAUGGUUUUUACGAAGGAUGGAAUGAAAGUUGAGGUUAAGGAGAUGCAGGAUGAGGAGUAUAAGGAUCGGAGUCAGAGUGUACUCGUGAACAUGUGGAAUCAUACUUCCUUCCCUGCGUACAAGAGUCGACUCUGGGAUAUGACUGGUUCUUCGGGUGCGAGCACGGAGGCUCAUGUUGAGAAGCGCAAGCCGUACGUUCUCCCCGCUUUGUACUUUCGGAUGUGA